UAGGGUCUCCUGCUUGGGCAGGGGGUUGGACUAGGUGACCUACAAGGUCCCUUCUAACUCUGCUAAUCUGUUAAGAUCUGUGGAUAAAUGCCACAGCUCUGAGACUGUGAUUCUCCCUCAGGGCUCAGAGUUUUUUUUCUCUUUCAGUGCAGGCCCCUGUUGAUGGACCAGCGGAUUCUGAGAUCCCCUCUGGCCAGAUUCUGCGUGGCUUGGCUCUCCCUGCAGGCCAUAUGCCGUUUUGUCCAGGGUGAGCCGCGUGACUUGCUGGCUAGCGAAGUUGCUGGGCCUCCGCUGGAAGACGCCACCCAAGAGCAUGGUUACUACCUGCAGCAAUUGUUUCGGCAAUAUGGUGAGAACGGCACUUUGUCCUUCGAGGGCCUGACCCGCCUCCUGCUAAGCCUGGGGCUGGGGAAGGUGCAGGUGGUGGAGAUUGAACACGAGGAACUGGGACACGGUCAUGUCUCCCAUCUGGACAUCCUUGAGGUGCAGGAGAACAAGCACCUGCACUCCCACUCGGCACUGGAUCACAUCAGCAAGACAGAGCACGGGGCCAAGACUCAAGUGGAGACUGUCACCACCACCAGCCCAGGAUUCUCUCCCGUCAGCCAUGUCCUCAAGCCCAGCUUUGGGCAAGGCCGAGGGAAAUCUGACAAGGAGAAAGAGGGAAAAUUUCAUGUCUCCCCAUGGACAUUCAAAGCUGAACUUUCUGGAGGGAGUAUUUCCUUGGAUCAUUCUGUCUUCAAUCACCUGCAUGAAGAUUGCCUCAAUGUGUCUCAGCUACUUGUCAAUUUUGGCAUGAAUACCGUUUCCAAAAUCACUCCAAAACAGUUCACCCUGCUGUGCCCAGCCCUGCUCUACCAGAUCGAUAGCCGUGUUUGCAUCCAGCACUUGGACGAUGUGACUUUUGACACAGCCGGGAAGUUCCCUCUGGAUUGUAAGCCCUUCCGCCCUUCUCAAAUCACGUCUCCAGUGAGGCUGGGCUGGGGAUUUUUGGCUAUCACCCUGACCAGCUUGCCCUCAGCACUGGCCAUCAUCUUGGUUGCCCCUACUCAGUGGAGAAAUCUUCCAGUUCCUCCUGACUUUUCUGGUGGCGUUGGCUGUGGGACAUUGUGUGGGGAUGCUUUGCUGCACCUCUGGCCACACGCACAAGUGAGCUCCCACGGCUUGCUGUCCUCAGAAGAAGAUGGCAUUCUGAAGGGUCUAUGUGUCCUAGGAGGCAUUUACUUUCUCUUCCUCACUGAGAAUCUCAUGGGAACCCUCAACCAAAUUCGUGCAAAGUGGGUAAGAGGUGCACUGGAUUAUAACACUCCUCAGGGCAGGAAAAGAUUCAUAUAUAUUCAAAUAUAUCAUAUUCAUAUGCCUAAUCCAAGUCAAACAAGCAAAAAUGUCUUAUAUGCUAAGGUUUCCCCUAGAACCAUGAUGGCAAGCCUAUGGCAUGCGUGCCACAGGUGGUGGGCACACAAGCCGUUGCCCCAACUCAGCUCCACCACACAUAUGUGCGCACCUCCCGUCGCCCAGCUGAUUUUUGGGUCUCUGCCAUGCAUGUGUAGGGGGCGGAGUGCAUGUGGGCCUAAAACAGGGUGCAAGGAAGGGGAGCGAGGGGGGGUCAUACGGAGAUCACACACACAUGCGCAGGGAGCAGUGAGUGUCGCAUGCACAUUGCAUUAUGGGUGCGGGUGCAUGCUCUCACAUACAUGCGUGCUUUUGGCACGCGAUGACAAAAAGGUUAGCCAUCACCGCCCUGGAACGAGAAAAUACAUCUCUGAACUAUGGCCAUGUUAUACUUCUGGCCUCCAUUACAAGGAGACUAUAUCCUCUGGCAUCAUUAGGAUGGGGUUCAAAUCUCAAUAUGGUUUAAAAAAAAGUUUUGCUUUUACUGGACAGAAACGUACCGCUGGAAAGCAACCUGAGCAAUCGUCUACUAAGGUGGAUGAGAAUGACGCAGAGAGGACAUUGCAUAGUCUAAACUUUUCAGGUGCUGAAUUGCAGAGUCUGAGAGUGCCAGAAGAGGACACUGGAAAUGUAUAUGGCGAAGUCCAAGACUGCUCCAUUCAAAUUCGCAACUCAGAAGAUCACAGGACAAGCCUGGAGAAGCAAAGAGAAGAGAUAGAUCACCAUGGUCACUCCCACAGCCCAGCUGGGACUCUCAAGGCUGGGAUAGCUGACAUCGCUUGGAUGGUUAUCCUUGGGGAUGGGGUACACAAUUUCACAGAUGGAUUGGCAAUAGGGGCUGCCUUCUCGGAUGGACUCUCCAGUGGCUUAAGCACUAUGUUGGCAGUCCUCUGCCAUGAACUUCCCCAUGAACUGGGAGACUGUGCUGUCCUAAUCCGGGCGGGCAUGCCACUCCGAUGGGUGCUGUUGUUUAACCUGCUGUCUGCUUUCCUGGCUUAUUGGGGCAUGGUGUUAGGGACAAUUGUCAGUCAGAGCACUUCCCAAGUCACUCCCUGGAUCUUUGCCAUCACAGCUGGUGUUUUUCUUUAUGUAGCUCUGGUUGAUAUGCUACCUGAAAUGUUGCAGCGGCAUUCUACCAGCAGCAAAAAAAGAUCUGGACACUUCCUUCUCCAGAACCUAGGAUUUAUCAGUGGAGGUGGCCUUAUGCUCUGCAUUGCUCUCUUCGAAGAACCACAUCAGUGUCCGCAUGAAUGAGUAGGGCAUUUCAAAAGGAAUUCCCAGCUGCAAGGCAAAAAGCACUCCCGGCUCCAUUGUCAGUUAUGACUGUCUUCUUUCCUGGAGCUGAAAAGGCAGCUGUAAAAUCCUUCACUGCAAUUGAGUAAUCCAAGGAAGUUGGAGAGGCGAACAAAGAAAGUUUGGGAGAGUGGGACAAACUCUUUUGCUGACUGCCCCGAUCCUGUGUUCAUGAGUAUGGUGGCAGUAAAACUUUGUGCCAUGAAAAUUUAUGUCUUGAUUCAGCCUGCUUGACG